AUGGUUUUCGUCGCGGGAAGAAUCAAGGAGGCUACAGUGAAACCUGGUACUAUUUCGAGCUCACUGGAUUCUGGAAAUAGAUGCAAUGGCACCCCUAUUUACCGCCAUUCAUUGAGCCUUACACCAAACUCCAGAGCGUCAUUCCCUGUCCCUCUCGUCUCUGUUUCUGAUGAUGUUAAGGAGUCUCCAAAACCUUACGUGUACGAUGACAUUUUGAUUGAAUUGUUGAACAAAAUCACUUGGACACCAUCGUAUAUUCCCUGUAUUAGCAGCCAGGUUCGCCACAUGGAUCAUGAUGGAGAAUUAUUUCCUGGCCUAAGAACGCAUCUCACAUCUAUGGGACUUCCAACAACCAGACGUAAUACAAACUGUAACGGGCCAUCCCUUCGAAAAUGUUCAACUAAUAUCACCAGUGUGCCAUUGGAGAAUUGGAAGCAACAACAUGGCGCUGUUAAGAACAAGGGUAUAGAUUUCACCAACCUCGUAAGAUGGAACACCGCGAAGGAAUACAUUUAUGGCAGUGACCUGAUUUCCAACUAUAAGCAGCUUUUUGCGACUGAAGACGUGAUCAUGGUCACUGGCACCAUGUGCAGCUCAGCGUGCAGCAUAUCGGCUGACCUAAUGCGAAAGCGUGCUGGCGUUAGGAAGGUUGCGCUUGAAGGCCAACCGCGGAAGGACACGAUGCAUGUCAUCGCCAACCUGAUAAGUACGCCCGAAGAAGCUGCCCGUUCCAACAAGAAGGAACUCGAUACGAGUGCGGCUGGGAAGUCUGUCGCCGACAGUGCUUGGUUGGGCAGGAACUUUCGUAUUGUUGGUAGUGUUACUUUGCACUAUCCGACUAUUCGUAAGCGCGAACUCAGCUUUGAGGAGAAGGAUCACAACAAGGUGGAGCAAUGA